AUGAGUUGGGAUCUGAACGAGGUAGCAUGGCAAGAUUUGGGUGAGGUAGCGAGCCAAGAGCUUGAAGUGGCAAGAACCUUGGAUCUCAACAAGGCAGUUGGAUGGGAUCUCAGAGAGGAAGCAAGCCAAGAUCCUAAAGCAGCAAUGGUGGCGACGACCUUGGAUCUCGACGAGGCAUCGAUAUGGAAUCUCAAAGAGGCAACAAGCCAUGAGUCCAGAGUGGUAGCGGCGUCCUUGGAUCUCAACGGGGCGUCAGAGGGGGAUGUGAAAGAGGAAACAAGCCUAGAGACCAAAGCGAUAUUGAUGAGCUUGGAUCUUGACAAGGCAGUAGGAUGGGACCUACCAAGCUUAAAGCUCAAAGCAAUGGUGGUGAAAUGGGAUCUCAACGGGGCAGCAUGUCUAGUGCCCAAAGAGGCGGCGACGAGUUGGGAUCUCGGUGAGGCGACAUGCCAAGAUCUCGAAGCAUCGAGGAUGAGUUGGGAUUUGGACAAGGAUGCUGAGUGGAAUCUCGACGAGGUACCGGGCUUAGAGCCGAGUUCGGAUUUGGAGGAGGAUGCUGAGUGGAAUCUCAACGAGGUACCAGGCUUAGAGCUGAGUUUAGAUUUGGAGGAGGAUGUCAAGUGGAAUCUCGAUGAGGUACCAGGCUUAGAGCCAAGUUCAGAUUUGGACAAGGAUGCUGAGUGGAAUCUCGAUGAUUUACCAAGCUUAGAGCCGAGUUCGGAUUUGGAGGAGGAUGCUGAGUGGAAUCUCGACGAGGUACCAGGCUUAGAGCCAAGUUCGGAUUUGGACGAGGAUGCCGAGUGGAAUCUCGACGAGGUACCGGGCUUAGAGCCAAGUUCAGAUUUGGACGAGGAUGCUGAGUGGAAUCUCGACAAAGUACCAGGCUUAGAGUCUGAAGAAAUGGCGAACCACCAGGAACCAACACGACAGGUCUCUGUUUUUUGCUUGAUUGGGCGGGUAGCAACCUGGUCAGUCCAAUCCGUCUGUGAAGAAUUUUUCCGUAUUUUCGUUUGCGUCGCAUCGUUUCUGCGAAGGAUUUCCUGUUCGUUUGGGGGAAAUAAGGCAGCGUCCUUGAUGCCUACUGUCGCGACCCCGCCGCCGCCAUCGGCGGCGCAAGAGAAGGCCGCCAGCCGGAAUAAGCGCAAGUACCGUACCGAGCCACCAUCCGCCGAGUUGGACCCAUUCGGGCUGGAGUACCCACUGACGGCGGACUGCGUGGGAUUCGAGUUUAUGUCGCCCGAGAAGGCUGCCCUGGCAGCAGCGGCAGCUGCCGCUGAGGGUGUCAGCCUUGACCUCCUCCAGAACUCGUGCGAAAACUGCAAGGAUCGCCAUCCUACUGCGGAGGAGUUAUUGGAGUGCCAGCGAUAUGUGAAUUGGAGUGACCCAAAUGAGACGCAGCUGGAGGAGAUCCUUCUCAAGAGUCUGGACACCACCUUUGACAAUGCUGUGAGUCUGAUCACCACAAUGGGCUACUCUGAGGCGGCCGCACGGGCUGCUGUUGUGCGGACAGCUGCACAAUACAACUGGAGGGAGAGCCUUGGUGGGUUUGGAGAGGCAGCAGUUGAGGUUCUCAAGACGGAAGGGGACAUGUUGCCAAGGGAGGGUGCCUCUGUUGAAGACAUGAGGAAGAUUGAGCAGGCUGUGCUUGGUAGUAUGGUUACGUUGGUAAAUGAGGCUCAGCCAUUCUACACCACAGGCGAUGUAAUGUUUUGCUUGCUUAUGUCGGAUAUGAACGUGGCAAAUGCCUGUGCCAUGGACUACAAUACUUCUUCCCUCCCAGCUGUGGCUGCUCAAGUUAUUGCCCAACCAGUCGUGGGAAACUAUGAGCCUGGUUCAGACUGGCGCACUUUCCAUGGAAAACUUACCCCAGUGCCACCUGGCUCUUAUGGUGCUGUGAAAGCUGAUUCAUCAAUGGCACCAGCAAGCCUGAAUGUAUCAAGUAGCAAACCCUCGGUGUCGGGCAAGACUCAGUGUGUGAUCCCAAAUAUUGAGCCAAAAGAACAUUCAGAGGACCAACCAUUUGUUGCUGCUGCGACACAAUCUGUGAAAAAUGACAAGCCAUCUCCAAGCAAGAGGGGGGGCUCUAAGAGGGACUCCUUGCAUCGGCAGAAGUUGACAAGCUUUGAUAAAGAUUCUACUACUAGCAACUUGAAGGGCUCAUCAAGAGUUGCUAAAGGGUUUGCUGCAAGCAUAUCUGGAUCAGAAGUAUCAGUUGACCUUUCCUUUACUGGUACCCUUUCCCCUUCUCCAUCAUUUGAUGCCAAGGAUGUUAGUAACUCAAACCCAGCACCUGCUGCUAGCACAGAUCUUUCAUUGUCAUUGCCCUCCUCAAGUGAUAGUUUGAAUCAUGAUUCCAAUACUGAGGGAGUGGACUCUAGUAGCAAAAUUAAUUUUUCAUAUGAUGAAGAACAGAAGGUCUGGAUCCCACAUGAUAAAAAGGAUGCAAUUGUCUUGAUCCUUGUCCAGAGGCAGAAAGAUCUGCAAGCACAUAUGCAUGACUGGACAGACUGGGCUCAGCAGAAAGUGAUGCAGGUUGCACACCGACUUGCAAAGGAGAAGGAUGAACUUCAGUCACUUAGGAAAGAGAAGGAAGAGGCAGACCGCCUGCAAGAAGAGAGACACCAUUUGGAAGAGAGUACUCGGAAAAAGCUUCUAGAGAUGGAGUCUGCAAUUUCUAGGGCAAAUGCUCAGCUGGAGAAGGCAGAAGCAUCUGCUCGCAGACGUGAGGCUGAGAAUGCACAACUCAUGUUACAGAUGGAAGCUGCAAAGCGACAUGCAGCAGAGUCAGCAACAAAUAUUUCAGAGCUUUUAAAGAAGGAUGAGAACAGUCGUAAAAGGUCUCAGCGUUGGGAAUCUGACAGAGCCCUGUUACAAGAGGACCUUGCAGCACAAAAGAGCAAGUUAUCUCGGGUUCAAGAACAGCUUCAACAUGCUAAAGAGCUAAAGGAUCAAGUGCAGGCAAGGUGGAAACAAGAGGAGGCUGGAAAGGUUGAGGCAAUUGCCCUUGUAACCUCAGAGAGGAAAGAGAGGGAGCAAAUUGAGACCUCCAUGAGGUCAGAAGAGAAUUUGCUGCAUCUUAAAGCAGCGAAUGACGCACAAAGAUACAAGAGUGAGAUCCGUGCUCUUGAGCAGCAUAUUGCACAACUGAAGGUGUCCUUGGACUCUUCAAAGGUUGCUGCCCCCAAGUGGGGAACUGACAAUAAGACCUAUGCAUUGCAUCUUUCUGAAGGGAGGAAGAACAGCAAUGCCCCAAUUUUGUCCAACAUAGCAGUACCCCAAGAUCUUGAUUUUGAUGAUAUACAGCGCGACCGGGAGUGUGUCAUGUGCUUGAGUGAGGAGAUGUCCGUGGUGUUCCUCCCUUGUGCCCACCAGGUCGUCUGUGCCAAAUGCAGCGACCUCCAUGAGAAGCAAGGGAUGAAGGAAUGCCCGUCAUGCCGGACCCCCAUCCAGCGCAGGGUGUGCGCCCGCCCCGCCGGUUCCUAG